GCGCGACCAACCGAAGGAGAAACGCAGCCUCUAGCCAACUUGCACGGCAGCUCAAAUAUGGAGGAGGCUGACGGCAGAAAUCUUCGAGUGGCCACGUGGAACGUGGCUUCGAUAAAUAACAACCCUUUCGAAUACUUCGUUUCCCACGACGAUCCAGCGUACCUUAAGGUGAUGCAAGACAUCGAGAAGUUCAUGAUAUCACCGGGCGAACAUGAUGUUACAUUGGGCGAAAUCAUGAGCAAUCGAAUUCUUGAGGAGUUGGCUGCACUCAUUGAAAACGCUGGAAUAGGCGACCUCGAACAGGCAAGUGAGUACUGGGAGGAGAAUCUAAGGGAUCGUAGGGUGGUAGCAGACUUCUUAACGGACACAGAAAUAGGUGCAAAGCGUCUGUGUUCCUUGCCUGAUAGAGUGACAAAUACUAUCCAUUCUGGUAUGGAGAUCGUGUGUCGUCCUACAGUCAUAAGUUGCUACCGAGAGGCGUUGCCUAACAUAGAGCAGUGGUGGGCGCAAUGGAAAGAUUUCAUGUUUGCAAAGGAGGUCCAGAUUGUCACCAAAACUGGGUUGACCGCUUCUAGAAGAGUGUGUGAGCUGCUGGACCCGAUCAAGCAGUCGAAAUACCCUGCUAUCACUGAAGCCGAACAAGCUUGCUCGAUCUCACUACAAAUCAUUUAUCUCGCUGCAUUUGAUGCAAGCCUUGUAUACAUGAUGAAUUUGGUGGCACCGAGGGAUUGGCACAGGAUCAAAACAUCCCUCAUGGAUGUCCUGCACCAGAAUAAGUGUGUGAGAGUCAUGGAUAUACUCACGGGCCCCGUGUAUGCGAGCUGCGAUGUCAUUUUCUUGCAAGAGGUUUCUGCUGCAAUGGUGCGCGACUUUGAAAAUAAUCCAAAUAUCAAAGAAAAGUACCACAUUCUUUCUCCGGAGACCUUGGACGGGAAACGAGAUCAGAACAGUAUAAUUCUGGCCGCCAGUUGCAGAUUUUCAAAGGAAAGUUCAAAAAAGUGCAGCCAAACAUGGGGCGGAGAAAUUUCUGCGCAAAUUAUCGGGCUCAUAGACGACGUAAAGUCUGCUCCAGUCGCAGCUGGGGAUCUUUUCGUCGUGUGCUGCCAGGAAAAAGUUUCAAAAACAUCGAAAUUAUCAAACAUCAAACCUGCUCACCAACACGGACAGCGGUUCAUCUUCGCAUCGUUCCAUGGUGACACGGAUGGCCUAGCGACGAUUCCUGUAGUUUCAGCGGUUAAAAAGUAUAUGACAUUACUGACAUCAGAUGAGUCAGCAGUAGCUGCUGGCAUCGGUUCAGCACCUUGUCCACCGCUGCUCGUGUUCGGCAUGGAUGCAAAUACGUAUAAGGUUCACAACGAAGGAAAACGUCAAGGUGUGAUCGACUUUGCUAAACAUUUAGCGGCGAUGAACAUCGCAACGUGUUGGGGCGCUGGUGAGUCUGUCGCAAAUGAAUUUCGGAGGACAAAUACUUUUAAAUUUAUUGCACCAAAUGUCAUGCUGGCCCUACUUGUCGUGGACCCAAACCUCUACACAACGUAUAAUGCUCGAACAUUUUUACAGCCACAACUGAAUAAAGCGGUGCGCUUCUCAGACUACGACACAUCUAAAUUGACGGACAAAAAUCCGAAAGAUCAUAUUUUAUUUGAAUCAACCACAUCGCACCUGAGGAACGUUAGCGGAGGAAAAGAAGUUCGAGCAAAAUAUGUUUUCAGAGACAACACCGGCGACGGCAACUUUAUUGCUGAUAUGCCUUUUCCGACGUCAUCAUUUCCAUCAGACCAUGCAAUUGUAUGCGUAGACCUCGAGCUUGUGCCUCAUCAUUUUUCUGAUCUAGUCUCCAGUUAGUUGUCUCUAGCUCACAUUUAAUGAUUAAACUGUUCAACGUGUCGAUACCUUUGCAAUCGAGCCACUGCCAAGGAUGAUGGGAUGAUAUGAACAGGAAGGAUGGCCGGUGUGGAUGUCACCAAACAUCCUUCUGGUAUCGUCCAGACUCGGCCAGUCGUUUCACGAUACCUUCUGCUUCGUGUGCAGCAUAUCCACCUAAAUUCAUCAAAAUCACAUGGAGUGCGCGGUGGACAUCCCUUGCCAUCCCUUUUGCAUCUCCGCAUACAUAUAUUCUGCCCUUGUUAGCUCCGAUUGUGCCCUUCAUGAUACCAUGUAAAUCCUUCGCCACACUUGCAAGUUUGUCUUGAACAUACACUUUGUGUGAAGAAUUGGAUCGGCUGAAUGCAACUUGCAGGACUGAAAUAACAUUUUUCUGAAGAGCGCCUUCCAUUUCAUCUCUGUAGAUAAAAUCUUGAUCCUCG